AUGGGAGCAUGGGAUUUUUUGGGAGAAGCUGGACCAAGCGACAAGUAUCCAAAUGGCUCCGUCAGAAUGGACCUUGACGACGACAUAGAUUUUGACUAUUCUUCUGAUGACGAGCCCGACAAUAAUCCCAUGGAGGGGCUUGAUGAAAGUUUCCUGAAAAUGUUUUGCAGGAAAGCCGCCACUUCAUUUUUUGACCAGUAUGGUUUAAUCUCCCACCAGAUCAAUUCGUACAACGACUUUGUUAAUCAUGGAAUUCAGCAGCUAUUUGAUUCCAUUGGGGAGAUUAACAUUGACCCUGGAUAUGAUGUGUCGAAAAAGGGAGACGACAGUGAUUGGAGGCGGGGGUCCCUCAGAUUCGGGAAGGUCACCUUGGAGCCCCCGAUGUUCUGGACAGGUGGGAAGUUUGCCGCUAUUGAAGGUGCUAAUGAUCAUUUGGAGCUUUUCCCAAGGCAUGCUCGUCUCCAGAACAUGACCUAUUCGUCCAGGAUCAGUGUUGAGACUUAUCUUCAGGUUUACUCAAUGGGUGUAUCUAGAAGUGACAAGUUCAAAACUGGUGUCGAUAAAACAGUUGAGAAGAAGAUACUCAAUGAGUAUAAUUCUGUUGUUACCUUUGGAAGACUUCCCGUCAUGGUGAUGUCAGACUUGUGCAGGAUGCGUUCUGUUGAAAAAAAGGAUUGUGAGUUUGAUCACGGAGGGUAUUUUAUUAUUAAGGGUGCCGAGAAGACAUUCAUUGCACAAGAACAAAUAUGCCUCAGAAGGCUGUCAGUGUCCAAAGACCCAACCUGGACAGUCGCGUAUCGGCCAAUCGCAAAAAGACAACGAGUCUAUGUAAAAUUGGCCCCCAAAACCGAGAACGUCUUAGGAACUGAUAAGAUACUCACUGUCUACUUCUACGUAACGGAAAUCCCUAUCUGGGUUCUCUUCUUUGCCCUGGGUGUUUCUAAUGACAGGGAGGUCGUGAAAAUGAUUAAUAUUGACGCAGAAGAUUCUACCAUCGCAAACAUACUCAUUGGCUCAAUUUACGAGGCUGAUAAGAGGUUUGAUGGUUUUCGUAAGGAGCGUAAUGCAGUAAAACACAUCACCGAUCUCAUGAAGGGUUGUAAAUACCCGCCCGAGGAGUCUGUGGAUCAGUGCCUUCAGAAGUACUUCUUUCCAAACCUCAGCAGCCCAAAGCAAAAGGCUUGCUUUCUAGGUUAUAUGGUGAAAUGCCUUCUGGAAUCUUACAGAGGGCGCCGUAAAACUGAUAACCGAGACGAUCUGAAGAACAAGAGGCUAGAAUUAGCUGGUGAACUUCUGGAAAGGGAGCUGAGGGCUCACAUAAAGCAUGCGGAAAAGCGUAUGGUUAAAGCUUUGCAACGGGACCUCGACAGAGACCGGGAAUUGCAGGAGAUUGAAAAGUACAUGGAUGCCUCCAUUAUCACAAAUGGUCUGUCGAGAGCUUUCUCGACUGGGGCCUGGUGCCACCCUUAUAAGAGGAUGGAGAGGAUUUCGGGUGUGGUGGCUACUAUCAGGCGCAACAACCCAUUGCAGGCAAUUUCUGAUAUGAGGAAAACUCGUCAGCAGGUGUCGUACACGGGAAGGGUUGGCGAUGCUAGAUACCCACACCCGUCUCAUUGGGGAAAGAUGUGUUUCCUUUCCACGCCUGAUGGAGAAAAUUGCGGUCUGGUUAAAAAUCUAGCAAGCAUGGGUAUCGUGAGUACAAAUAUGCUGGAACGAGGGGACCUUAUUAAAAUUUUUCGUGAGUGUGGGAUGGAAAAAUUGGAUGAUGACACUUCAAGUCUGCUCGAUGGAAGGCACAAGAUUUUCCUGGACGGAGAUUGGGUUGGAUUGUCCAAAGACUCCUCAUCAUUUGCUGCCAAGCUAAGGCGCAAACGUCGCAAGAUGAGCCUUCUUCGUCAGCUUGAGGUUAAACGAGACCAGCACCAGAAAGAGGUCCGCAUAUACGUCGAUGCUGGAAGAAUACUCCGCCCUCUGCUAGUGGUUCCGAACCUUAAAAAAAUCAAAGAUUUGAAAGGCGACUUAACUUUCGACACCCUUCUAGACAGUGGGGUGCUCGAGUUCAUAGGGCCCGAAGAGGAAGAAGACUGCCAGACCGCUUGGGGCAUAAAGUACCUCUUCACGGCUGAGCUAGACAACCCGCCAGUCAGAUACACUCACUGUGAGCUCGACAGCUCAUUCUUGCUCGGCCUCAGCUGCGGGCUCAUCCCUUUUGCCAAUCAUGACCACGCGAGACGAGUUCUCUACCAGUCAGAAAAACACUCUCAACAAGCAAUCGGGUACUCCACCACGAACCCGAUGUUAAGAACUGAUACGAAUUCCCAACAGCUGUAUUACCCACAGAAGCCUCUUUUCAAAACCAUACUCUCGGAUUGCCUAGGGAAAUCGAGAUAUGCCGAUCACCACAAAGGGAUGUUACCCAGGCCUGAGUUUUCUAACGGCCAGUGUGCUAUUGUGGCUGUCAAUGUCCAUCUUGGGUACAAUCAGGAGGAUUCUAUAGUGAUGAACCGAACCUCUUUGGAACGCGGUAUGUUCCGAACCGAGCACGUGAGGAGUUACAAGGCCGAUGUUGAGUACCAGGAAGAGGACAAUCCCGGGAAAAAGGUGAAGUCAGAAGAUAUGAUAACGUUUGGGAAGGUGCAGAGCAAGAUUGGGCGUGUGGACAAUUUGGAGGAGGAUGGGUUCCCAUUCGUAGGCGCGAAUUUGCAGACGGGCGAUAUUGUUAUAGGCAAGCAUUCUGCUUCUGGGGUGGACCAUAGUGUGAAGCUUAAGCACACAGAGAAAGGUAUGGUCCAGAAAGUCGUGCUCUCGUCUAACGAUGAUGGAAAGAAUUUUGCAGUUGUGUCGUUAAGACAGGUUCGCGCUCCAUGUCUCGGUGACAAGUUCUCAAGCAUGCACGGGCAAAAGGGUGUGCUGGGGUUCCUCGAGUCGCAGGAGAACUUUCCUUUCACCAAACAAGGAAUUGUUCCUGAUAUAGUGAUAAACCCUCAUGCAUUUCCUUCUAGGCAGACGCCUGGUCAACUCUUGGAAGCUGCCCUUGCCAAAGGCAUUGCACUCGGAGGUGCUCUCAGAUACGCCACCCCGUUUUCCACCCCAUCAGUUGAAGACAUAACAGCCCAGCUUCACAGGCUGGGAUUCUCGAGAUGGGGAGACGAGCGUGUGUACGACGGGCGGACGGGCGAGCCUGUUCGAUCCCUGAUCUUCAUGGGGCCCACGUUCUACCAGCGGCUGACCCACAUGGCGGAGGACAAGGUGAAAUUCCGCAACACGGGGCCCGUCCAUCCCCUGACCCGGCAGCCCGUGGCUGACCGGAAAAGGUUCGGUGGCAUAAAGUUUGGUGAGAUGGAGCGCGACUGUCUCAUUGCUCAUGGAGCCGCAGCAAACCUCCACGAGCGACUCUUCACACUCAGCGACUCUUCACAGAUGCACAUUUGCCGAAAGUGCAGCAAUGUGGCUGGCGUGAUCCAAAGGACGGUGCUCGGGGGCCGAAAGAUCCGUGGGCCCUACUGCAGGUUUUGUGAGUCGGUCGAGGAUGUGGUUCAGGUGAGUGUGCCGUAUGGGGCUAAGCUGCUUUGUCAAGAGCUUUUCAGCAUGGGUAUCUCGCUCAAGUUUGAUACUGAGUUGUGUUAA